GUAUUUUGUCGCAGAUGUGCGGCAGUUCGCGAGGUGUUUGCUCCUAGUAGCCACACCAUAAUAUUCUCUAAAUAUAACCAUUCCUUGUUCCUUUCUUUCAAUUCACCUUGAAGCACGCGGUUUUCAACAAGUAAAUCCGGCCUUUGGGCCGUGUGAAACGCACUUAAGAACAUGUCCACAUCAAAAUUUUUAAUAAUCUUUGCACUGUCCGCGGUUUCGCUGCAAACGACUCAAGCAGUAACCCUAUCGGAGGUCCUAGAUAUCAUCAAUGUGGCCAAAGACGUCGUUGUCAGCCUGGCAAAAGCCUGGGACAUUGUCGAUCAAAACAUCGACUUCAAUGAAGUGCCCAUACCCAUUUUGCAUCGCACGGAGAACAAGCUUUUCAGCAAGAUCGACCGCAUCCACAAUGAGCUGGAGGAUUUGGCAACCAGGGUCGACGAAAUAGGAACUCAAUCUAUGACCACCAUUCUGCACAGUCUACCAGAGCGAGUUCGUUUAGAACUGAGACUGAACGAUUUGUUAGACUAUCGUACCCGAAUAGACGCUAGUUAUCGUAGAAUGACGAAGUACGCGCUACAUCAACACGCUUACGAACAACUGACUCUGGAAGACUUUGCCAGAACUGUCAUAUCGCACGAUCCUAACUCCAUAGUACUGUUACUGGAGAGGAUGCACAGUUUUAUAGUACCUAACGGCAACGGUAUUAGCCACACGGGAUUGUUUAAACUUCUAGAUAGUAGCUUAGAGGAAGUGGAAGGAGAUAUGAUGUGCGAGGCAAAACAGAGUCCACAGCAAGUUCUCUAUAACCUCUACGAUGCCAUAGCACUUACUGAACUCAAGGGCUACACUAUGGUUCAAUUUUCCUACAUGCUACUCAGGCUAUAUGGACGAGGAAAUUUCACUAAAGAAUCUGAAAACAGCAGAGAAAGGUUUCAAGAAAGAAUAAACAGUGCCGUGCUUACUGUGAAAAACGUCAUGCAAAAUGUCAGAAGGGAUCUGUGGAACUGUGAUCCAAAAAAACACAUAAGAGGUGAAACAUAUGAAGAAAUAACAAACCUCCUGCAAGGUUACGUCCAAAACGAGGUAGACUUGAACCCAGAAGGUACCUGCAGAGAAAACUGCGCAGAAUACACCUACACCAAGAACCACGGAUGUUACGAAAACCUAUACUGUAGACAACAGAGGAACUGCAACGGAAAAAUAGUCAAUUGUCAAUUUUUCGAUUCCGACAUGUGGAUUUGCAAUGCAAGCCCAAAGUCUGGUCGACGUUACGAAUACAUCAAGUACGAAAACGGUAGAGUACUAGGAAGAGACCAAGGAUGCCCCAGGGGAACCACCAAGGUUGACAGCUGGUGGCGCUGGUUAUUCUGGCACUGUUCCUACUGCUUCUGUCUGUGCGACGAACAAGGACCCAUGUCGGACAGAUACAUCAACAUGAGAUCCGUUCUGUCAGACGUCGAGAACAAUAAGGUGGUCACAGGCCUAAGAUUCGUCAAAAAGAACCGUAUCAUACACCUACAGAUUCAGGAAGGUGAACUACUGCCUAGAUUGAACAUAAAUGCGAGUAGUCUGAGUUGGAAACCCGUGGAUGACUAUAAAAUAACAGACAGGAAAGUCUUCAAUGGACAGGACUACCACACACUUAGUUGGGAAAAGAGAAUACUAGAUUUGGACGACUUGGAAGCAGAUGACGGUUACGUUAUGACAGGUGUUCGAUUUAAAGAGAUUGGAACGCAUCUGAACUUCGAAAUAUACACUACCAAGUUCGAUUUCGAUACUGGCAAGCUCAAACCUGAACACAGCACGUGGAAGGACAAUCCCAAUACUGAUGUCUCACCUAAAAAACCUAGGACCAGAGUUUACCUGAAACAACCCGAUAUACCCACUAGAACCACUGCACCUUCCGUACCAACUUCAAAAACUGACCAAUACAUCGAAUUCACGCAUUCAGACAUUAUGAAGGACGCAGCUCAAACCACAGUGCCAUUUUUCGAUGCUCAAAAGCUGGAAUCGCUUCAAGCAGUGCCUCUAACUGGGGCAGGAAUAUUCCACAAGGGCAGGAACUCAUUUGGAGGUUUUAUAACGCCCAGAAUCAUCACUUUUGACGUCAGCAAGUACCUUAAGGCCGCUUUUCUCGAGGGCGACGAAAAACUCAACGUAGAUUUAAGUUUUAACAACUUUUUCCUAUUAAAUACACCCAAAAUGUCCAUAUCAAAAACAUUAGUGUUGUUCGCAAUGUUGGUGUGUUUGCAAUCACUCGCGGUCCAAGGAACACCAGGCUUUGGUGUUGUGGACAGUGUGAAAAAGGCUAGAACUGUGGUCCACACCCUGCUAAAAGCAUGGGAUAUCAUCGAUGGAGGCACGGAUUUCACUGAAUUGCCCCGGCUCGUUUUACAAAACAGAGAAAAAGAACUUUUUGGGAAAUUUGAUAAAAUCAACAAUCAGUUGGAACAUUUGGAGUCAAAAGUUGACGUAAUAGGAACUCAAUCGGUAACUAAUUAUCGCAAUACACCAGAAAGAUUCCGGUUAGAACUCAUACUUCACGAACUACUGGACUACCGUGCCCGAAUAAACGCGAGCUACGAAAGAAUGACGAAGUACGCGCUACAUCAACACGCUUACGAACAAUCGACUUUGGAAGAUUUUGCCAGAACUGUCAUAUCCCACGACCAAAAUUCCAUAGAACACUUGUUGGAAAGGAUGCACAGUUUUGUGGUAUCCAGUGGAAAUGGUAUCAGUGACACUGGAUUAUUUAAAGUGCUAGAAAUCUGUUUAGAAGAAGUGGGAGGAGAUAUGAUGAUGUGCGAAGCUAAACAAAGCCCACAGCAAAUUCUAUACAACAUGUACGACGCCAUAGCACUUACGGAACUCAAAGGCUUCACUAUGGUUCAAUUUUCGUACAUGCUACUCAGGCUAUAUGGACGAGGAAAUUUUACUAAAGAAUCUGAAUUGAGCAAGGAAAAGUUUCAAGAAAGAACGAACAGCGUAGUACUUACUGUGAAAAACAUCAUGAAAAAUGCCGGAAGAGACUUAUGGAACUGUGAUCCUAAAGUUCAUGUAAAAGGAAAAACAUACGAAGAGAUAACAAGCUUCAUGCAAGGCUAUGUUCAAAACGAGAUUGAUCUAAACCCAAAAGGUACUUGUGUAGAAGAGUGUGCAGAAUACACCUACACCAAGAACCACGGAUGUCACGAUAACUAUCAAUGUACGCAGCAAGGGACUUGUGACGGUAGAAUUGUCAACUGUCAAUUUUUAGAUUUUGACAUCUGGAUUUGCAACGCCAAUCCUUUGACUGGUCGUCGUUACGAAUCCAUAGAGUACGGAAAUGGAAAAAUACUAGGAAAAAAACAGGGUUGCGCCAUGGGAAUUACCAAACUUGACAGUUGGUGGCGUUGGUUCCAAUGGCCCUGUUCCUACUGCUUCUGUCUGUGCGAAGAACAAGGACCCAUAUCAGACAGAUACAUCAACAUGAGAGCCGUUCUGUCAGACAUCAAGAACAAUAAGGUGGUCACAGGACUAAGAUUCGUCAAAAAGAACCGUCUCAUACAUCUACAGAUUCAAGAAGGUGAAUUGCUGCCUAGAUUGAACAUAAAUGCGAGUAGUCUGAGUUGGAAACCUGUGGAUAACUAUAAAAUAACAGGCAGAAAAGUUUUCGAUGGGCAGGACUACCAUACACUUAGCUGGGAGAAGAGAAUACUAGAUUUGGACGACUUGGAAGCAGAUGAUGGCUACGUCAUGACCGGUGUUCGAUUCAAGGAGCUAGGAACGCAUCUGAACUUCGAAAUAUACACUACCAAAUUCGAUUUUGACACUGGCAAACUCAAACCUGAACACAGUACAUGGAAGGAUAAUCCAACUACAGAUGUCUCACAUAAAAACCCUAGGACCAAACUGAAUCUGUAUCGUCCAGAUAUACCAACUAAAACGACUACAUCUUCGGUACCAAUGUCAAAAACGAAUCAGUUCAUCGAAUUCACCCAUUCAGACAUUAGUAGCGAUGCAGCACAAACCGCAGUCCCAUUUUUUGACACUCAAAAGCUGGAAUCAGUUCGAGCAGUGCCUCUCUCUGGGGCAGGGAUAUUCCACAAGGGCAGGCGCUACUUUGGUGGUUUUAUAACGCCCAAAAUCAUCACCUUUGACGUCAGCAAGUACCUUAAUGAGGCUUUUCCUUAAAGUCAUUAAACAUCUACUUAGAAAUUAUUUUUUAAGGUUUUUUUCUUACUGUUAAUAUUACCAAGUAAUAUUAACACCGAUUUUGAUAUUGGACUUUGUUGUGUAGUGAAUUUCGUCCUGCUUAUGGUAGC